AUGAUCGAUCCUUCACUCGACGAAAAGAGGUACCCAGACUACGUCGUACAUGAAAAGUGCAACAUAAUCGAAGCACUUGGAAGCGACAGUCCAACUGCAUAUCAAGUCAGAACCAGCAGAUUUAUCCCAGUCUCUACAGUUGUCGUACAGGCCCAAAUCUUCUCUUUUUGGGAAGGAUUAAUACGGGAAAGCACGACUAAGGGGGCGAACAAGGCCAAGGAGGCGAGCAAGACUAAAGAGUCGCUCAGGGCGGAGGAAAAUAUGAAAGGGGACUUCCGCGUCGGCAAGUUCGGGGCAGCCUUUGUGAUAUGCCUCGACAAAAAUGUCAUGAUCAAGAGAGUGGAGUUCAGACAGGCAAGCGUUCUCAAGAACGACUUCCUGGUGUUUUGGCAUCGCAACUUCUUCAACGACAUCCUCCAGCUGCAUGUCCGGCAGAGGCUCCCCAUUGAUUUCGUCUUCACCAUGAAUGGUUCCCCCGAAAUUGACCCCGUCCAGGAAGCCAUCCACUUCUGGUGCAAUGACGAGAACGUAGAUUGGCUCGAAGAAAUACUGCAUACUCAUCUACAACCCCUCAUAGACAACAUCAACGCCGGAGGUCUCCAUAGCAGCUGGGAAUGGUUCACCGACGACGCGACUUUGACGACAAGCAUCAAUCUUCCACGCUGCGAAGGAACAACCUUUGAAGGAAGAGACGCAAUCAACGACUACUUCGCCAGCCAAUACAAUGCUGAACCCCGUAUGAAGUUUGUUCCACUCCUUUGCACCUACGGUCAAGGCCACAUGGCAUGCCAUGCAUGGUAUGGACUCGACGAUGAACAUGGCCUUUCCAGCCCUCGCGAUCAUCAGCUCCUCAUCACGGCGGACUUCAACGAUUACCACAGACUAGUCAGCAUGGAAAUCAGCGAGUAUACGGUUGCAGGGCCGGCGUCUUAUAUUGAGACAGUAGACAAUUGCGUCGCUUGUAGGGCCAUGGCUUCCAUGAGGCGAGAGAGACGGAUGGAAGAGGACGCGGAUGAUAGCAAAGAUGAUGAAGCCUACUCGGAUUGGCCUUAUCGCAAUGACGACCACGACCACUAA